ACCACAGUGACACAGAGAACAACACACACAUAGUCUGACUCCACGGCAGCUGUCAACACACACUUUUCCAAGCACUACAAAAUCCCACAGGAGUAUCCCCCUUCAGCCCCCCUUCAGCUAAUGGAUGCUUCUCGACUUCUCCUCAUCUUUGUGGUGAUAUCUACAUCUGAAUGUUCAGGACCAGCUGAGCCACAAUGUCUGAACCAUACUGAACAGUUAUUUCGCCUACUCGAAGGUGAAUCAUUUUAUGUUGUGCCAUAUGAUCUGGUUGACAACGAGCAACUUGAAGAUAAAGAAAUCACAUGGUCCAAAAAUAAGCUUGAGAUCUCAUCUGCUGAAAACAGGAUACAUUACCAUGGUAAAAUGUUGUUUUUCUUAAACCUCCGCACUGAGGACUCUGGCUUCUACAGUGGCCGGUAUGUAAGCUCAUCAGGACAUUGUAGAAACUACUAUGUAAGAAUUGAGGUCUUCAAAGCCAGUCACAGAUCUGACAACAAACUCCUUUACGGAAAAGUCGAGAACUCAGAUGAGAACCAAAGAAUCCGGUGUCCAGAUCCUGUCAUGGACACCUGUGAUUAUUUGGGAGGAAAUUUCACCUGGUACAAGGAUUUCACCCUCCUUCAAAGUGAACAUAAGGACCACCUGUGGGUGAAAAAGGCCACCAAAGAUCAUGAAGGCAUCUACACUUGCAACUGUACCUGGGAACACAAUAACAAGAUUUACUACUCAUCGGGCUCCAGGAGGCUAAUAGUUAAAGAUCGAGGUGCCUAUCGUGGACUAGAAAUCCUCUCUCCAUCCAGGAAGGAGCAGUUUGAGGAUGAAGGCUCUGAGAGCAAGUUGAACUGUUCGGUUUUCUGUGGGACUAACAUCCAGCAGGACUGUAGUGCUAGCUGGCAUGUUAAUGGAGUCCCUUUCAACUGGACGCAUGGAUACAAUCAAACCACCAAAACAGUCACGGAGAAACCCUCCCUCA